CUCGAGCGCUUGCUCUGCUUUGCAGCUGAAUCUUUCUCCUAUACUUGUGACAAGCUUUGAUAUAUAGUGUUUUUGUUCGUAAGGGGGGUUCUCCGAGAUGCUGCUGUGACGUAUGCGGCUCUCCGCCAAUCACAAUCCUCAGAUCAAACAUAACCGACCAGCACUUGUCAGUGAGGGGGAAAAAGCCACCGCGAGAUGCAGGUUAUUUUUGCCAGCUGCGGUGAAAUAAACCGAAUUAAAGCUCCUUUGAAGGAUUAAAUCACCAUUUCUGCCUCCUGAACAUUUUCUAUUCAUCUCCUUUCGCGUUUCGUCUUAUUUUAAGGAUGUCUGUGGCGGGGUUUAAGAAGCAGCUGCACAAAGCGAGUCAGUUAUUGAGUGAGAAGAUAAGCGGUGCAGAAGGGACAAAGCUUGAUGAAGACUUCAUGGAAAUGGAGCGGAAAAUAGAAGUCACCAACAAGUCUGUUUUUGAACUUAUAACGAAAACCACAGAAUACCUUCAGCCAAACCCAGCAUCAAGAGCCAAACUGGGAAUGCUCAACACCGUGUCUAAAAUCAGAGGGCAGGUGAAGACGACGGGUUAUCCACAGACUGAAGGGCUUUUAGGAGAUUGCAUGCUGCGAUAUGGACGGGAACUGGGGGAGGAGUCCACUUUCGGAGCUGCGCUGGUGGACAUUGGUGAAGCCAUGAAGCAGAUGGCUGAUAUUAAAGAUGCCCUUGAUAUCAAUGUGAAACAGAACUUCAUUGACCCACUUCAGACUCUACAAGACAAAGACCUCAAAGAGAUUGUGCAUCAUCUGAAGAAACUGGAGGGUCGACGGUUAGACUUUGACUACAAGAAGAAACGUCAAGGCAAGAUUCCUGAUGAGGAGAUCAAACAGGCUGUGGAGAAGUUUGAAGAAUCCAAAGAACUCGCUGAGAGGAGCAUGUUUAACUUUUUGGAGAAUGAUGUGGAGCAGGUGAGUCAGUUAUCAGCUCUGAUUGAGGCAGCGCUGGAUUACCAUCGACAGUCCUUGGAGAUCCUCAAGGAGCUCGACAGCAAACUACAGAACGGGAUAUCCACUGCAAGCAGUCGGCCCAAAAAAGAGUUCAAGCCAAAGUUGAUCGUGUCCAGUUUGGAGACCGUCGAAACCACGCAGCACAAUGGACUUACCCACACCUCAUCAGUCAAAAGCACAGAUAUCCAAGUCAACCACACUGUAAAUGGAAAAAUUGAUGAGCUCACACACACAGCACCCAUGACUCUAUCAUGGCAUGAGAGCCCCAAUGGUGAUAGCAAACAGAUGGAGUCACACUUGGACCAGCCCUGCUGUCGAUCGCUCUACGACUUUGAUCCAGAGAACGAGGGCGAGCUGGGCUUCAAAGAGGGCGACAUCGUCAUCCUCACCAAUCAGAUCGAUGAGAACUGGUAUGAAGGCAUGAUUAACGGCGAAUCAGGCUUCUUCCCCAUAAACUACGUCGAGGUCCUAGUGCCCCUGCCUCAAUGAGCUGAGCCAACAGCCUCGGGUCACUGACCGCACGCCAAACCAGACUGUCUGAACUGUCCACUCACCCAACAUCCUCUGCUGCAUUCUCACCAAUGAAAGCCUUGCGUUUGACCACAGACAAUUUAGAACCUUUUACAUUUCAGUAUUUAUUUAUCUUAUUACGUUUUCCAGGCCUCAUGGUGCAACAUCUAGAUUUUUACACUGCAAA